CUGAUCCAUGCCUCCCAGCUCCCCUGGCCUCCCAGCGCCUUCCACUCCCACCGUCCCUGAUUCUUCACAUCCUUAACCUGCCUCUAUUCUCGGACACUUAGUCCUUGAGCCUGUAUCACCACCUCCCUGAAGUCAGCCAGGCAUCUGGGGAGGGGUCCCUGAGUUAGAGGUGCUCUUAUAGACACCCUGGGGUCUGCCUAAAAUAAGUACUCUGGGGGUUUGCAGGGAGUGAGAGAAGAAGGGAAACAGCUCUCUUCAGAUGGCUCACAGCUUUUUAUGAAAUGGAAUCAUGUCACUGGAGGGGACCACAGGAACUGUAGUUCAGCGAUCUCAGUUUAUAGAGAUGGAGUCCUAGAGAGGCAGUAUGCACAUAGCAGGAUCAUGAUUGAUUAAGGACUAGAUCCCAGUUCUCCCAAACCCAAGGCCAGUCUCAUUCGCCCUCUCCCAAGCUGCCUCUCUGGGCUUUUUGCUGGAGGGCUUUGUGUUUUAUUUUUGUUUUGAGGGAAGUGAUGCUUUGUCUGUGCCUUCUGCCACCUGCACCUGGUUCUGCUUGGAAUCAGGCAACAGGUUAGUUAUCAGGGCCAGCUCAGCUGUCAGAUGGCUGGGGAUUCUUUGCUCUGAAAGGGAGACGGACUCCUGGGAUCCCAUUGAUCAUCCUCUGCUCCCAGCUCCUGCUUUCCCCUCAUCCUGUCACUGCUGUCAGAGGUGUGGACAGACAAGCUGCCUCUCAGCCUGAGCAAGUAGAGGAGCAAACAAUGGCGGCUGGGGAGGGGAGGGAGGAGACAGAAGCAGACAAGGAGGAGAUGAAUUCAGACUCAUUCUUCACAGAGAACCAUGAGAGGAAAGCCAUGGUCAAAGGCCUUCAGGUCACAGUGCCUGACAAGAAGAAGGUGGCUAUGCUCUUCCAGCCCACUGUGCUUCGCUGCCACUUCUCUACAUCCUCUCAUCAGCCUGCAGUUGUGCAGUGGAAGUUCAAGUCCUACUGCCAGGAUCGCAUGGGAGAAUCCUUGGGCAUGUCCUCUACCCGGGCCCAAUCUCUCAGCAAGAGAAACCUGGAAUGGGACCCCUACUUGGAUUGUUUAGACAGCAGGAGGACUGUUCGAGUGGUAGCUUCGAAGCAGGGCUCGGCUAUCACCCUGGGAGAUUUCUACAGGGGCAGAGAGAUCACGAUUGUUCAUGAUGCAGAUCUUCAUAUUGGAAAGCUCAUGUGGGGAGACAGCGGACUCUAUUACUGUAUUAUCACCACCCCGGAUGACCUGGAGGGCAAAAAUGAGGACUCAGUGGAACUGCUGGUGUUGGGCAGGACAGGGCUGCUUGCUGAUCUCUUGCCCAGUUUUGCUGUGGAGAUUAUGCCAGAGUGGGUGUUUGUUGGCCUGGUGCUCCUGGGCAUCUUCCUUUUCUUCGUCCUGGUGGGGAUCUGCUGGUGCCAGUGCUGCCCUCACAGCUGCUGCUGCUAUGUCCGCUGCCCGUGCUGCCCAGAUUCCUGCUGCUGCCCUCAAGCCUUUCGCAAAGGUUACCGGAUCCAGGCUGACAAAGAGAGAGACUCCAUGAAGGUCCUGUACUAUGUUGAGAAGGAGCUGGCUCAGUUUGAUCCAGCCAGAAGGAUGAGAGGCAGAUAUAACAACACCAUCUCAGAACUCAGCUCCCUACAUGACGAGGACAGCAAUUUCCGCCAGUCUUUCCAUCAGAUGAGAAACAAGCAGUUCCCAGUGUCUGGGGACUUGGAGAGCAAUCCUGACUACUGGUCAGGUGUCAUGGGAGGCAGCAGUGGGGCAAGCCGUGGGCCCUCAGCCAUGGAGUAUAACAAAGAGGAUCGGGAGAGCUUCAGGCACAGCCAGCCGCGCUCCAAGUCUGAGAUGCUGUCGCGGAAGAACUUCGCCACGGGGGUGCCGGCCGUCUCCAUGGAUGAGCUGGCGGCCUUCGCUGACUCCUAUGGCCAGCGGCCCCGCCGGGGCGACGGCAACAACCACGAGGCGCGGGGCGGGAGCCGCUUUGAGCGCUCGGAGUCGCGGGCGCACGGCGGCUUCUACCAGGACGACUCCCUGGAGGAAUACUACGGCCAGCGCAGCCGCAGCCGCGAGCCCCUGACCGACGCCGACCGCGGCUGGGCCUUCAGCCCCGCGCGCCGCAGACCGGCCGAGGACGCGCACCUGCCGCGGCUGGUGAGCCGCACGCCGGGCACCGCGCCCAAGUACGACCACUCGUACCUGGGCGGCACGCGGGAGCGGCAGCCGCGGCCCGAGGGCGCCAGCCGCGGCGGGAGCCUGGAGACCCCGUCCAAGCGCAGCGCGCAGCUCGGCCCGCGCAGCGCCUCCUACUACGCGUGGUCGCCGCCCGGCACCUACAAGGCGAGCUCGUCCCAGGACGACCAGGAGGACGCGUCCGACGACGCGCUGCCGCCCUACAGUGAGCUGGAGCUGACCCGCGGCCCUUCCUACCGCGGCCGCGACCUGCCGUACCACAGCAACUCGGAGAAGAAGAGGAAAAAGGAGCCCGCCAAGAAAACCAAUGACUUUCCAACCAGGAUGUCCCUUGUGGUCUGAUGUUGUCAACAUUUCUCUGGAUGACUAGAAAUCAGACAUGGACUACAGGGACAAGAUACAAAUCUAAGAGCCAGCAGGCCCAGGACCUUCUCUGGCCAUCACCUUGGAAGAUUUGCUCAUCUCUGCUUUGGCAAGGGAUGGGAGGCAGCCUUUAAGAGAGGCUGAUUUCAGACCUCUGUGCCCAUCUAACUAGUUUGAGAAACUUACCAAGAAAGAAAGAAUGUGUGAGAACAUACAUUCCUACAUUCAGUUUCUCAACCAUAGCGUUUAUUCUGCCCAGCCUCCUCCCUUAGCAGAACCAGGACUCUAUUUCCAAUUCUGAAAGAGACUUAGCUCUGGACUGCUAAUCUCCAGAAACUGUCUAUGCCUACAGUAUGCUUUUCUACACCUCCUGUGCUAUACUUAGAAGAAUUUAUUACUACCAGGAGAAGAAGGCCUUCUGCUGACAAGGGAAGAUAGCUUCAAAUCAAAAUAUACCUUUUAUCCCCGUCACUUUCCAGUCACUAGUCAAUGACUGUUGUUACACUAAAAUCAAAAGGCCCUUGGUGAGCUCAGUGACAGUGACCUCUGGGACAAUCACAGAAAUGACUUCAGUUUGUUCUGAAUGACAAUUCUUGAGUGGCUAGGACAAAGCAAAAGCGAGUAUACUUUUGAAAAGCUGUCUAAGUGGUAUUUCCUUUUCCAUUCGGAGAACGUAAACUGCUUUUUUCUUUUCUGUUGCACAUGUCAGUAUCUGAGUCUUAGACAUUAAGGACUCUUUUCUCUCUCGAGACCCUGUCCUGGACUUUCCGCAGGUUGGUGCCACACACAGAGCCCUGCCUCCCUCUGCACUCUGGUUAGAUUGUCAUCGGGUGCCUUGGAGAAAUGCUUAAAAUACACACAUGAAGAAGAAGAGGGGAAAAAGGAGAAAGCAGUAAUGCAUGUAUAAAAGAAUGAGAAGGAAUUUAAGAGGGAAAUAACAUCGUCUUAUUAUAUUUUGAAUGUGGACCAUUUCCCCCACAAACUUCACUCAGUCUUUUCUGGUUUUGUGCUUCACUUACCAUAAUUGUUUCUGCCAUCCCAGUUCUGCCAUUCUAGGGCAUGGGGGCUGUGGCACAUACAGCUUUUGGCCUGACUAGACUGCCACUAUGGAUGCUUUCAAGAAAUAAGAGAUACUGCUUUCUCAGGAAGGAGUACUUCCUAUUUCCACCCUUGCCUAAAUGAUAGAAUUUGCCUAAGUUCCAAAGCUAGAUCUCUGGAGUUUACAGUUUGUGUAGAUUGCAAAAAUGGCCACAAACACUUCCCUUCUCAUCAAGAGGUGCCAUCUUUUUCCCCACCCCUUGAAUCUGGAGUUGGCUGUGUGAUUUGAUUUAGCCAGUAGCCCAACAAAUGUGACACAAGCAGAGACUUGAAAAGUUCUUGUGCAUGGGGCUUGUCCUCUUUUGCUGCUCUUGGGAACCUUGCAACUACCACCAGGUGAACAAGCCUGGACUAUCCUGCUGCAUGACAAAAGAAAAGGGCCCAAUUACCCGUGUCUUCCUGUCUGACAGCCCAUCAACUUUCAGCUGAUUGCAGACAUAUGAGUGAGUCAAGCUAAUACCAACGGAAGAACUGCCUAGCUGAAUGUAGCCCAAAUUUCUGAUUCCUACCCGAGGCAUGAAAAGUUGAUGCAUUCUGUAUGUUCUCCACAAGAACAAACCUGACGCUUUCUUGUCUGAAUGUUCAUCCCUGAAUCCCCUACUCCGUCCAAACUUGUGUUUCUCAUAGCCUCUGCUUUUGUUGACAGAUUUUUUUCAAAGCUUUUCACCUGAACCCUUGUUGUGUACAUGUUCGGGUCAAAUCAGUGGAGGAUGAUGCUUGACUUUGCUGUUCCUUAAUCCAGCAGUGGGUUAUUCCCUGUCGGUGGAUCCAUGGACAACCUCUGAAGAAGGUCUCUUUUGUUUUUUACCAUCUUUUUUGUCUUCUCCAGAGCCACCCCACUGGAGCUAGGCCCUGUUCUCAGAGUAUCGUUCCUCUACUAUCCAUGUGUACUUCAUGACAUUUCCAAAAAAAAAUUCUUGCGUUUGCAAUGAAAUAAAGACGUGGCUGGGUGAGGGUCGGGGCAGUGAGCUGGUAGGUGUCAUUGCUUGGAGAAUUGACCUACCAAAGGACUUUCCUGUUGCUUUGACAAGUCUUGGAGAUAUCGGGAAAACAGUUGAACUCAGUGCUGGCACUUCCAAGGGCUGGAAGACACAAGCCAUAACCCUGGUGCUGAGUUUCAGACUUGCUAGUGUCCCUGGCCUCUGAAAGCUUAGGUCUAGCCUGUGUGUUUGGACCUCAGUUCAGAUGGAAAAGAUGCUAAAAAACUUCUUAGUCACCAGCUUUGGAUUUCAACUUGCUCAGGCAAUUUUGGAGAAUAUUGGGUAGCUGUGGUAGCUAUUAUCGCUUUAUACUGAGCACUGUGUCAGGCUUUUCACCACCAAAGAGCCUCAUAGCACCAGCUGCAGAGACCAAAAAUAAUGCUUUUUUAAAGCUACAGGCAUGUAUGAUUUUGGUGAAGUUUGAGGGUAGCAAUGGGAAAGAAUUAAAAGAAUUAUUAAAAUUGGAAACCUGCAAUUCCAAAGACAACAAAACUACAGAGAGACUGAAAAAUACAAAGAAGAUCGCAGGCUACUGAAAUAACCUGGGGAGUUGGGACCAGGUUGUCCUUUGUAGAACUGCAUAAAUCAUUCAGACUUCCAGGCCUUCAGCGGAGAGAAAAAACAGUUGUUUCUGGGUAUAUGGACAGGAGUUAAGGCUGAGUUGACAAAUCAAAGCUUGCUGUCUCAGCACCCCUGACUUUCCUCUAUGUGUCCUUUUGUUUGUUCUCCCUUGAAUAGUGUGUCCUGCAUAGGAAAUGCUUAUAUUUGUUAGCUUCUUUGUAUAAGACAUAAUAUCUGUCCACUAGGACCCUGUAAUAGGGGAAAUAAGACAUGCUGAAGAAAGGAGAUUAUUUAUAUAGAGAGUAUGAAAUAGUGCUAUGGAUAAAUUAUAAUAAACCCAGAGAUUUAGUUUUUUUAAAAACAUAAAUGGGAAUACUUUGAUAUUAAAGUAUUGUGUGUGUGUGUCCAUCAUCUCAUUUAAAAAUAUGCUCAGCGAUCUGAAAAGCCGGUAUUCAAAAGUCUGAACUGAAAAGAGGUGAAUUAAGAUCAGGGAAGGGUGAGCAACAGGGGUCCCGGAGGGAUGAUGCAUAAGCUGCAGUGCUUGCCUAUGAGUCACUAUGAGUCAGGAACAUGCUGGAGGAGGAAGUGUGGAUGCAGGUGGCAAGGAGGUGUCUCCUGGUAGAUGAGCUGUUUCUGUAGGCCAUGCGUGGAUUCAUUAGGAAGUUGGAGACAAUGGCCAGGCACCUGGUGGUGCGUGCCAACUAUUCCAUCCAAGCAUGCUCACAGGGGAGUUCUAUGUCGGCUGCUCCUGGGGCUGAAUUCUGCGGCUGGGAGUGCUGCUGCCCAUCUUCACCAACAAAGGGCAGGUUUCACGGAGAUGCUAGGCCUCUCAUCCCCCUUCUCAUGAUCCUCACUGUGCACUUGACGUAGGAUUAGGCAUUCUGGAGAUGGGAAAAGACUGCCACCCACACCCAAGGCACUGACCACAUCUGUAAAUUGAAUAGUCCGCAAAAUUUCACAUAGGUAAUCUGAUUCGAUCUUGCCUUUAAGGGAAGCUAAAGUCACAGAUCCUGUUGUAAUUUACCACCACCCUCAACCCAGUUUUUUUUUUAAUAGGUGAAGAGACCAUCAUUGCCAUUAAUGAAGUCACAAACCUAUUAGGUCUUAAGACUCUUAAACUCUGGAUUUUUUCUGCUCAUCAAUGGAAAAAAUCAUUCCCAAAAUUGCCUAACCAUAAGAAUGAACUUGAUUGCUGCUGUUAAAAAGGUAUUGUUGGGCCCAGCCUUGGAGAUUGAUUGGGUGGAUGUAGAGCCAGAAUUCAUACUUUUAAUAUGCAUUCCAGGAGACUCCUGAGAUCAGAUGCAUUUGGAAAUUGUUGCACUAAGUCAUACCUCUGGUGUAUUCCAAACAGCUAGUCCCGAGGCUUCCUUGGGCCUUAGAACUUUUUUCCUCAAAUGUCCUGGUGAAGUCUCUCACUCCCUUGGGGCUGGCAGUGGUGAGACACCCAAAAGUCUGGCUGUGACCCUGAUGGGCUCACCAGAGUGCAGUAGUAGUGGUGGUAAAACCAUCAGGCAGAGAGAAAGGAGUGUCGGGAGCACUCCCAGGGAGCCUGUUGUAGACGUUUCCAUUACAGAAUAGUGAUUUAUUGUGACAGUCUCAGAACAGACAAUAAGAAUUACAGGUAAUUUUCUCAUUCCCUUGAUAUAUUUUUAGCAAAAUUGAAAUGAAUAGAAGGAAAAGAGGGCAUUGGGGAAAUGGAAAAAAUCAUUUUAUAAAGCAUACAAAUUAUAAGACUGGUCAAUAGCACUUCCUCUUUGGUCUUACCCAAAGUUGGGUAGGCAAGAAUAAUAAAAAUCCCCAUUAUAUAUCCUUCCAAAACCAGACUUAAAUGCUGCCAGCAUCUUACUAGAAGUCUGAAAUUGAUUGAUAGGAUGUAGAAAUCCAAAUUCACUAAAAUAGGGGGCCAGCUACUUAAAGUCCUAGAAGGAAAAAAUGCCUAGUUUUUUUCUGCCAGUAUUCUACCUCCUAGUCAUCUGGGAAACUGAUUUAUGAAGCUUGAAGAAGGGGCUUUGAAUAGCAGAGUGGCGCAAGGGUGAUGAUGAGCUGCUUUAAGCAGCAGCCUGAGUUUUAGCACUACUUGAGGGGGAGAAGGUUAAUGCUAAUAAUAUUUGUGUUGUUUUUAUGUAUAUUACUGUUUACAUGCAUUAUCUCUUUUGAUCCCAACAUCAAUUCCUGUGAUAGAGGCAGGGCAGAUGUGUGGUCUCAUUACACAUAAUGUAAAACUGAGGUUGAAAAAUAGUAAGUGACUUGUCCAUAAGCAAAUGGUUUUUGAAAUUAUAAAGGCAGGCCUUCUGACUAUCUUGUCUCGAGUCCUCUCCAAUUCCUAUGGGACUGGAAUCUGGCUUCUUCUCUUCACAGCCAAGCAUCUGGUGAGAAGAGCUGUAGACUUGUUCAUAUGUCAUAGAUGUGGUGAAGCUAUGAAGACAUAUACUGUUGCUGCUUCAUCCAGCCAAGCACCAUUCAUUCCUCAAAUGUUAAUCUUCUGGCCUCAAGUGAUCCUCCUAUCUUGGCUGCCUAAAGUGCUGGGAUUACAGACAUGAGCCACUGAACCCAGCUGAGAGCCUCAUUCUCAUUAGCUAUGCUGUGAGGGGUAAAUAUGUGCUUCAGCUUUUCUGGAGAAUCCUUACAGAGAAGUUUCUGAAUGAAACUACAGAUUCAUCUGGAUUCAGAAUUCUGGACAGGAGCUGCAUAACAGCAAAACUCUGGCAUCUUCACUAUAUUUUAAGAUUUUAGGUAGAACUAAGAGGAAUCAGAUAUAUAGAGAGAAGCAAUGUGAGAAAGAAAAAGAUAGUGGUUUAGCUAAAGGUUUUCUUAGAGUUUCUUGGUGGGGCUGGACAUGAAAUAACUAGUCUGACUCAUUUCUUCUGGGAAGGCUAAAAGAGACACAAAUAGCUUCUCUUUUACCUUGGCUUUAAGGAAAAGCCACUUUAUUAACAAAAGUAUUAAACACGACUGCAUAAGAAAUUUCCUUAUGAGAAUCAAGGGAAUAGAAGGGUGGGACAGAGGGACGAGAAGUUGACUUCGUGAGGGCUACCUGUCAGUUUUUGUGCCUUGUUUGUGACAUCAAAACUGAAAUGUUUGUGUUACUGUUGUCCGUCACUUUUUUUUCUGUGUCAGACAUACAAAUUGAAUUUGUAAUGUUUUAAACUAAAUAAAGCAUUCUCACCUACA